AUGCGGGUUCCAUGGCCAGUCGCGAUCGCGUGCUCGACAGUGACAGUGGCAGCGGCAGCGGCCAGUCAGAUGCACGACGACGAAAUUCGCAGCGUCGGGGACGGCGCGUCGACGUCGUCAUCGUCUUCCGCUCACGUGGAAGCAAGACAGGCGAGCGGCAAUCCUGCUGUCGACAGUUUCAUCAGAAGGUUCCAUCCGUCGGCGGCGAGACUCGGCGACUAUCUCUACGUCGAUGGCGGCUCGAUAUCCCGGCUCGUCAACGACAGCAGCCAGGUCAGAGCAAUGAACGCGACCGUCGCAAUCCCCCUCAACGAAGCCUGGACGAACCAGACCCUCACGAUGCGCGAGAUCGACCGCACCUUGCUCCCCAACGUGAAUCUCCCCGUCCUCUGGGCCGACCCGGCGGGCAACGCACUCUACACGUAUGGCGGGGACUCGAUCGGGACCAACUCGACGUACACCAGAGCGCAGCAGUAUUUCAAGUUCACUCCGGCUGGCGGCGGGCGGGACGGCUCAUGGUCCGAGGCGACUCCAGCCGACGCGUUCAAGUUUUCCCAGCUGUACAAGCCCGCCCGGAGCGCCUUCACCUCGUGCAACGGCGUGGGCUACUCGCUCGGGGGCUACGCGUACGGCGGCACGGACGACCGGUUCUCCGGGGCGGACAGCGGCCUCCCGCUCGCGGGGAUGGCGACGUACGACUUUGCCACGCGGCUGUGGGACAACGUCUCCCUCGCGGACGCCUUCUCCGGCGGCAACAGCGCCGGAGGGAUGCCGGGAUACUACCCGACCAACGGGGCCGCGGUGUGCCUGCCGGACCUGGGCGGCGCGGGCGCGCUCAUGUUCUUUGGCGGCAGGGGGCUCAGCGCGAACGGGCGGGACUCGGUGCCCUUGCAGCUGAACGACAUGCUAAUCUACGACAUCGCGGGCAAGCGCUGGCUGUGGCAGGGCACGCGGGGCGCGGACGGCGCGGCUGGGGUCCCGAGGCAUCGCAGGGAUGCGUGUGCUGCUGUGGGCAGGGGGAGGAACGGAACUUAUGAGGUGUAA